AUGGUAAGAUAUGUCGAUCUUCCCCAGAGUGCUAUACUUUAUAUUUUAAAAAAGGACAUGGGAGAUAUGUUAGUAAAGGAAGUACUCGAAGAAAUUAAGAAAGUGGAUGAAACUAUUAAAAAUCUCACUGUUGUAAUUGAUGACGUUUCAAUUGAAUAUCGCAAUGUUUGUGGAAUAGUUCGUGAAUAUUGUUUCGAGAAUCCUCUUUCCGUUCUGCUGUCGGAAAUAAGUAACUUAUUAACAAGAAGAAAGAAAAUAAAAUAUCCUGUAGAGAUAGACAGGUUGACCUUAUCUUACAAUGUUUAUUCGUUAAAUUUGGGAGGAGUGAAAACUGAUGGACAAGGAUACGUCGAAAGUGUAAAAGCUAUUAGAUUAUUCUAUCCAUUCGAUAUCACUAUAAAGUGGAAGCAGAAAUGGAUUGAACAGUGGACUAAAACAGUUUAUGACGAAAUAGGAAAUAGUCGCUUUCAGCAUAUUAAGAUUUUCAUUAAUCCUUUCUGGUCUACUGAAGAGUAUGCUAAAAUUCUGUUUUCAAAUCUACGACCGUUGAUUGCUGCGGUAGUGAUUUUCAUCUCUGCUUUCUCCAUGAUCACAUGCAUGAAUCUAAAAUUAGUAAGAAGCAAACCUUGGUUAGGUGUUGCGAGUGUCGUAUCGGCUGGCCUGGCAAUAAGUGCAUCCUUUGGAUUAAUGGGAUUCUGCAGUACGAAAAACACGUAUUGGAAUAUUUGUAUUCCGUUUUUAGUAAUUGUAACGGAGAUCGAUGAUGCAUUUGUUCUGAUCGCCAGUUGGAGAAUUACCGAUCCAAACGAUAAUGUUGUUAAUCGUCUGCGUAAUACGUACAGAGAAGCAGCAGUUUCCAUCACUCUGACGUCACUCACCAAUUUCUUGGCGUAUUGCGUUGGAAUGACGACUUCGUUUCCUCUUAUAACAUUUUUCGGUGGUUGCAUGGCGAUUAGUGGAUAUCGAGAAGAGAAAGGCCUUCAUCCGAUUACGCUUCGAUUACUUGAAUCUGAACAUUAUUCUUUGGAACCGAAUCAAGAAGAAGAAUUUUUUAUGAAAAUAUUCAAGAAUCAAAUCGGAAAUAUUUUUUCCUUUCCAAUUACAAAAGUCAUUGUCAUAAUUUUAUAUUUUGCGAAUUUGGGUCUUGGAAUUUACGGUUGUUUUUCAAUUAGACAAGGAAUAGAUUGGCAGAAUUUAUUUCCUGUCGAUUCUCCCAUCUCGCAAGCCACCAGCGUUAUGUAUAAUUAUUUUGAUGAAUACGGAUUUGCUUUGAAUAUAAUUAUUAAUGAAACUUUGGAUUACUCUGACAUCACUGUACAGCAAAAUAUAGAAUUACUUAUCAAGAAGUUUGAAUCCCAUCCUCAUAUCUCUGAUGGACAUUUAACCGUUUUUUGGUUGAAAUAUUACAAAGAAUUUCAGGAGCAUCCGGUUGCUAAAUAUUCGUUGGCAGGUUACAACAUGUCAACCAAACAAGACUUUUUGGAAGGAUUGCGUAAAGUAUUCUUGAGAUUUAAAGGGGCCGACGAAUUCUCUUCAGAUAUCGUCUUUAAUGAAGACGAGUCUGACAUAAUAUGCAGCCGAUUAUUUGUUACAGCAAAACAUGUAUCUGGCAGAGAAAUAGAAAUAAAAUUUCUUGAUGAUAUGUGGAAGAUUGCAGAAGAGGCACCAUUCACUGUUCUAGUGCAUAGUCCCGUAUCGAUUUUAAUAGAACAGGGAAUAAUUAUCAUGGACAUUGUAAUGCAGAUGUUUUGGGUUACGUCGGUACUAAUACUUAUUGUGUUUUUGUUGUUUAUACCAAAUGUAGUCUGCGCAUUUCUAGUAGCGAUUACCGUCGUCUCCACCAUAACGGAAACUUUGGGAUUGAUGACCUUAUGGGAUGUAAACGUAGAUGUCGUUUCCAUGAUGAGUUUGAUUUUGUGCGUAGGAUUUUGCAUAAAUUAUCCCGCCCAUAUUUCUUACGCAUUUUUUCGUUCGAAUUUGGAAAAUCCAAACGAAAAGUUGAGAGAUUCUCUUUACCAUUUAGGUUAUCCUAUAUUGCAAGGCACUUUAUCGACUACUUUAGGAAUAUUAUUUGUAUACAAGGAAAUGUACUUCUUUUUGGUUCUCGUAAAGAUUGUAUUUUUAAUGACGUUGGAAACAGCAUUCCAUGCCAUGGUGUUUAUUCCGGUGGUUCUUUCGUUGAUACCAUUGGCUAGUCGAAAUGAAAAUUUUGAUUAUGUUUUCGUACGAAAAUGUACAUCGCAAAACGAGUAG